GACGGGACGGGACGGGGCAGGGGCGGUGCCGGCCGGCGCAUGCGCGCUCCCCCCUUCCUGAGUCCUUGACGGGCGGGAGAGCGAGGGGGAGGGGAGCGCACCCCGCUUCUGCGGGAAGAGCUCCCCCCUCCGGAGGGCUGGGCAGCGGCACGUGCGGAGCCCCGAGCCCCGGUCUUGUCCGGGCAUAGCCUGCGGGGCAGCUGCCGCCCGAGAGACGAGGGAGGGGGCAGGAAGCGAGGUUCCAAAGUCACGCGGCCGGAGCAGAUCUACAGACCUUUAAUUCUGAGUCCUUCCAACAAUUUACCCACCAGAUAGAGCCCCAUCUCAGGAAUUAGUACCACAAAGAAAACCUGAUGCAACCUCUUCAGAUUGUCCCCCUCCGAUUACUUCACGGGCUGUAUUGUGGACUGAAGUCUCCAGCCUCCUCUGGAACCCGGAUUUGCCCAACAAUGGCUCGACCAAGUUCAAAUAUGGCUGAUUUUCGGAAGUUUUUUGCAAAAGCAAAGCACAUGGUCAUCAUUUCAGGGGCUGGUGUUAGUGCUGAGAGCGGAGUCCCGACUUUCAGAGGAGCAGGGGGAUACUGGAGAAAAUGGCAAGCUCAGGACCUGGCCACCCCACAGGCCUUUGCGCGAAACCCUUCCCUGGUGUGGGAGUUCUACCACUACCGGCGGGAGGUCAUGCUGAGCAAGGAGCCGAACCCCGGGCACCUGGCCAUCGCUGAAUGUGAGGCCCGGCUGCGCGGGCAGGGCCGACGGGUCAUGGUCAUCACCCAAAACAUUGAUGAGCUGCACCGCAGGGCUGGCACCAAGAACCUUCUGGAAAUCCAUGGUAGCUUAUUUAAAACUCGCUGUACCUCUUGUGGCAUUGUGGCUGAGAAUUACAAGAGUCCAAUUUGUCCAGCUUUAUCAGGGAAAGGUGCUCCAGACCCUGAAGCUCAAGAUGCCAGAAUCCCAGUGGAGAAACUUCCCCGGUGCGAAGAGGCAGGGUGCAGGGGCCUGCUGCGACCUCACGUGGUGUGGUUUGGAGAAAACCUGGAUCCUGCCAUUCUGGAGGAGGUUGACAGAGAGCUGACCCUCUGUGACUUAUGUUUAGUGGUGGGAACUUCCUCCGUGGUUUAUCCUGCUGCCAUGUUCGCACCGCAGGUGUCUGCACGGGGAGUGCCAGUGGCCGAAUUCAACAUGGAAACCACCCCUGCCACCAACAGAUUCAGGUUUCAUUUCCAGGGGCCAUGUGGUACCACUCUUCCUGAAGCCCUUGCUCCUCAUGAAACUGAAAAUGUCUCUUAGUUGCCCUGGGGAAAGAAGAAAUUUAGUAUGUCUAAGUACCGGGCCACAAACAGAGGAGAACCAAUCAUGGGGACGGUGAGCUAAAUACUGGAAAGUCUAAAAAUACCCUCCGAUUCCCUGGCUGGAAUCCCACCUGAUGAUAAGUGAUGGGGGCCUAGAAACAACAAUAGCAAAUAUUCUUAGCAGUGAGAGAACAGUCAAGUUAAUGCAUCUUAUUUUGUGUGGACUUAAACAUCCGAUAUCUUUUAUGUGUUUGGUUGGUUGGUUAUGGGAAAGGGAAAAUUUUAUAAUUAGGUUAUCUUUUAAAAAAGUAAUUAUCCUGAUUGAAUUGUUGCGAUCUGGACACAGAGAGAAGUAGAGGGGUAAAACCUUGGUAUUUCUGAUUUUUGCCAAGUUUUGGUGGAAAAUAAAAUCACUCUCUGCA